AGGGGAGUCAGACAUUAUAGAGAAAGAGCAACCAGGCACAGUGAACCUCACAGAUUCUCAUCCUAAAUUUUCGACAGGUACCCCCGGAACUUCACACUUGGCAUCCAGAUUUUGGUCAUCAGUUAAUUUCAUUGUUCUCUCCAUCACAUAAAGCAGGGAAGAUGGCUCCUGUAGUGUGAGCAUUCAUGUUUGUUUUUGCAGGAGACUUGGCUUCAUGCUACUUGUAUCCUCAGAUAGUAUACUUUUUUUUUUCUUUUUCUUUUUAAAGCCGUCUUAGGAGUUUAUUACUGUCUGACGUUUUAAUUUUCCAGCUGUGUGUUUUACUGGAGUACAAUAAUUUUUGUUUGGACUGUCUUAAAGUGUAUUCACUAAUGCUGACUGAGACGUGUGGAGCCAUGUCAGUGGGGUCAGAUGUUCGCGAUCUGACCCUCUUAUCACCAGUACCUCCUGUGCCAUCCUUACCAGGAGCAGGUGGUGGAUGUGGGAUGUCUGUUGGUGGUGGCCAAUGGACUCAGUUGCUGGACCUCCAUCCUGGCUCACCCUAUAACUCCCUGAACUCUCACCCCUCCCUCAUCAAGCAGGAGCCAGGCUGGGGAACCGCUGACCCAGUAGAUGACCCUCACUGUGGACUCGGGGCCUUCACUGUGCAUUUCUCUGGCCAGUUCACAGGACCCGGCCCUUGUCGGGUCGGCACCUUUGGAGAGCCAACUGCAAGUCAAACAAGGAUGUUUCCCAACGGAGCCUACCUGCCCUCCUGUGUGGACAGCCCCCCUGCUCCCAGGAACCAGGGUUAUGGAGCAGUGGGUUUAGACAGCAAUCCCAGUUAUGGUCACACACCAUCUCACCACACCCCUCAGCUCUCCAGUCUGUCCUUCAGGCACGAGGACACGCUGUCACCGCCAAACAACAUAGUUGACCAGCAAUACCCAGCGCCUAAUCCCAUGUUUGGUUGUCACAAUCCUUCAGAAUCUUGUCCAAGCAGCCAAGCUCUGCUGCUGAGAAACUACAACAGCGAUAACCUGUACCAAAUGGCAUCUCAGCUGGAAUGCGUCACAUGGAACCAAAUGAAUACCCUGGCGUCUUCUGUGAAGAGUGGCCAUGCAACCAGUUAUGACAGUGACCCUGCAGCCACUACCACACCUAUGCUUGUCAGCGCUCAGUACCACAUACACACUCACGGUGUCUUCAGAGGACUUCAGGAUGUCAGACGGGUACCUACUGUAGCUCCUCCAGUUGCAAGGUCCUCAGAGCCUGGCGAGAAGCGUCCUUUCAUGUGUAUGUAUCCCGGCUGCAGCAAGAGAUACUUUAAACUGUCACAUCUGCAGAUGCAUGGUCGGAAACACACAGGAGAGAAGCCUUACCAGUGUGAUGUCACAGAAUGUGGACGCAGAUUCUCUCGCUCAGACCAGUUAAAGCGACACCAGCGGAGGCACACAGGAGUGAAGCCCUUUCAGUGUGAGACCUGCCAGAGAAAGUUCUCACGGUCAGAUCAUCUGAAGACACACACCCGGACUCAUACAGGUAAAACAAGUGAGAAGCCUUUUACCUGCCACUGGUCCAACUGUCAAAAGAAGUUUGCCCGCUCUGACGAGCUGGUACGCCACCACAGCAUGCACCAAAGGAACCUGACAAAGCUGCAGCCUGCCAUCUGAGCAGAGAGAGGAGGAGGAGGAUGAAGAGGAAGGUGACAAUAUGUUGUGCCAGCUAGUAGCGAAAGACGCCUGGAGCCUGGUCAGCAGUUAUGGUGCCUUGCCAGACUCGCUGAAGUGGUGAACACAGCUGAUGCCUGCCUCAGUCAGACAGAUGAUGUCAGGAAAAGAGACUCACUGAGGACCCACGAGAUUUUUAAGAUGCACUUCAACCAUUACUUGACAUGGUUUUGUGACAUUAGACCUCAGACUUUUAGAGGGUAGAAUACCACAGCGAUUCUGAGCCAAGAAUAGAUUUUUUAUGCAAGAAGAAGAAAGCGUUGAUUCACUAUUUUAGAUAUUUUUGUACACGUGCACUGGCUUCUUUUUUGAUUGUUAACAUUGCCUCACUAUGAAAAUGUGCUGGACUUUGCCAACUGGAUUAAGGAAAUUGACAAUAUGUAGCUUUUUCCCACUAAGUUGAGAAUUUAUUUUGUUUUGAGGAAUGUCAACAUUUCUAUAUUCUCAAAGUACACAAUACUCAUCAAACUGCUUUGUAUAUAUGUGGUCUGUUUGCUUCCCAUUAAAGACAUUCCUUUGCUAUUUUAUGUUAUUUUCAUGUUAAUUCAUACAAUUAAAAAAUGGUGAAAGUUUGUACUUUUGUGGCUGAGAGACAAAAGAGGUGUGGGUGUUGUCAGGUUAAGAGGCCACCUAUAAGAUGUGGUG